GAGAGAGAACGAGAGAGAGGGAGAGAUAAAGAAGAGAUAGGCGAACAACAAAAGGUACUUGUAGUUUUUGGACAGCUGAAGUUCACAGACAGCAGACGGGAUCCCCUCAUAUGGCCCCGUGUGCGCACACUUAAGUUUUCGCUCAACAGAUAGCUCAGUGAUCGUUUUCUACCAAGCGCAGCGUAGUGUAAAAGUCUUUACGCACGGGAGAGGACGCAGAAAUAUCACCUCAACGGCUCAGAUCAUCAAGGUUUUUACAUGAAUUCAAAAUCAGCCGAGCAGUGAUCGCUGGAAGCUGGGGAUUGAGUCUUUCAGUUUUUAACCCCCACACGCUGACAUGGAGGGCUUUCUUCGUAGCAGCUUUUUACUGAGCAGAGUCAUGUCUUCCAAACAAGCCACGUCUCCUUUUGCCUCUGUGGUCGACGGGGACGAUGCCAUGAGUCAGGAGCACUUGUCCUGGGAGAAAGAGGAGAGUGCUGAGGCCCACGGCACACCACAGCUGCCCCUGCACAGUCUGCUUCAUGGAAAAGCCCACCCCGAUGAAAUGCAACCACUCAGCAGUGUACCGCCAGAGAGCGACUGGGACAGCCUGGUGUCAGCCCAACAGCGCAUGGAGUCUGACAGCAAUAAAGUAUGUUCCCUGUACUCCUUCCGGAACAAUUCCACUUCUCCACACAAGCCGGAGGAGGGGGCCCGGGAGCGGAGUGACCUGCUGAGCGGAUCAGCAUUUGGAACUCCGGAGCGCCGCAAAGGAAGCCUGGCAGACGUAGUGGACACGCUGAAGCAGAAGAAGCUGGAGGAGAUGACAAAGACAGAGCAAGACGAAUCCUCAUGCAUGGAGAAACUUCUUUCUAAAGACUGGAAAGAGAAGAUGGAGAGGCUGAACACGAGUGAACUGCUUGCAGAAGUAAAAGGUACUCCAGAGAGCCUGGCAGAAAAGGAGCACCAGCUCUCUACGAUGAUCACCCAGCUGAUCAGCCUGCGAGAACAGCUACUGGCAGCCCACGAUGAACAGAAGAAACUCGCCGCCUCACAAAUGGAGAAACAGAGGCAGCAAAUGGAGUUAGCACGUCAGCAGCAGGAGCAGAUUGCAAGACAACAGCAGCAGCUCCUGCAGCAGCAGCACAAAAUCAACCUCCUCCAGCAGCAGAUCCAGGUCCAGGGUCACAUGCCUCCGCUCAUGAUCCCCAUUUUUCCACACGACCAACGCACUCUGGCAGCAGCAGCCGCCGCCCAGCAAGGCUUUCUCUUCCCCCCAGGAAUGUCUUAUAAGCCAGGUGAUAACUACCCAGUGCAGUUCAUUCCAUCCACAAUGGCAGCUGCAGCAGCGUCAGGACUCAGCCCCCUUCAGCUUCAGCAACUGUAUGCCGCCCAGCUUGCCAGCAUGCAGGUCUCUCCUGGAGCCAAGAUGCCUCCGCUCCCCCAGCCCCUCAAUGCAAGUGGGCCCAUUUCUCCUUCCUCUCUGAAGAAUGACAAGACUUCCUCCAGCCCCAUCGCUCAAGUCAAGGAGGAGGGAACACAGCCGCUCAACCUGUCUGCCCGGCCAAAGACGACAGAACUUGUCAAAUCCCCCACUUCUCCGACACAAAACCUCUUCCUAGGCAGUAAAAGCAGCCCGAACAAUCUCAUCAGCAAGGGUGGGAUCCCUAGUCCGCUUGGAGGAGGUCUGGGUCGGGGCUCAUCUCUUGAUAUCCUGUCCAGCCUAAACUCUACAGCGCUGUUCGGGGACCAGGACACGGUGAUGAAGGCGAUCCAGGAAGCUCGGAAAAUGAGGGAGCAGAUCCAGAGGGAACAGCUGCAACAUCACCAGCAGGGCAUGGAGGCCAAGCUGUCCGCCCUCAGCUCAGUGGGCCUCAACAACUGCAGAGUUGACAAGGAGAGGGCGCAUUUUGAGGGCAUUGGGCACCACCUCAGCAAGCUGGGCGAAGAAGGAAAGAUUGGUCACAGAGUUAUUGACCUCACCAGGCCGGAAGAUCUAGACGGGUCCAAGGAGGUAAAUGGCUCUGCAGAUAAACCCCAACCCUAUUAUUGUUGGCCAACAGGAGGCACUGGAUCUACAGAGGCGCGAGUCUUCAGGGAGUCCCGAGGGAGAAACAACAACGAGCCACACAUUAAAAGGCCCAUGAAUGCGUUCAUGGUGUGGGCCAAAGAUGAGCGGCGCAAGAUUCUCCAGGCUUUCCCUGACAUGCACAAUUCCAACAUAAGCAAGAUUUUGGGUUCACGGUGGAAGUCCAUGUCCAACCAGGACAAGCAGCCAUAUUACGAGGAGCAGGCCCGUCUUAGUAAGCUCCAUCUAGAAAAGUACCCAAACUACAAGUACAAGCCUCGGCCUAAGAGGACCUGCAUUAUCGAUGGAAAAAAACUACGCAUCGGAGAGUACAAGCAGAUGAUGCGCUCACGGCGGCAAGAGAUGAGGCAGUUCUUCACUGUGGGACAACCGCCACAGCUCCCCAUCACCACCAGCGCCAAUAUGGUCUAUCCUGGGGCCAUCACUAUGGCGACCACCACACCGUCACCUCAGAUGACAUCAGAGUGCUCAAGUGCCUCAGUGAGUCCUGAGCCGUCCAUUCCUGUCAUUCAGAGCACCUACAACAUGAAGCUAGAGCCCAACAACAUGGUCAACAACAGCGAGCCGGUCAACGGCGAGGACGAGAUGGACUUGUAUGAAGAUUUUGAGGAUGAGCCCAAAUCAGACUAUAGUAGUGAAAAUGACACACAAGAGCCAGUCAGCGCCAACUGAGACCCCCUAAAACAGAGAGGUCAAAGCAGACACAGGACUCAUACGGGAAGACGCCUCAAGGGUUGGUCUGAACUGAGGGAGCGAUGGAGCAAAAUAAAACAAAACUACACCGCGAAGGUUUUAAAAUGUUUAAAAAAAUAACAAAAAUGUAACAUCUGGAAGCCAGCAUGCAGAUGUGGCUUCAUCAGAGUCUAAAGCUAUUUGGUCUUAAGUGUUUCUUAAAGUGUGUGAAGCAGUUUGGUUGUGGUUAUUUUGAUUUCUUUUAUGUCUUUGUUUAAUUUUUUUCAUCGUGAUCAUGGACAUUUUCACAAUUAGGUUAUUGCCAAGAACAAAAGACGGAACUUGAAAUGGAUCGUUUGAUAUGAAUUCUUACUCUUGUUAAUCUUGUUUGCCUCUUUAAUUAGAUGAUUUUGAUAUUUUGCAAAACUGUUAAAGAUGGGAAUAAUUUUCUCACUCAGGUAAAGUGCGCCAGCCAACAGCUCGUGAAUGUUUUGAAUCAAGAAAUAAUUAAUAUCAAAUAUCUCAAAAUUAAUAAGGAGUAAUUACAACUUAGAACAGAGGGGAAAAUACUAUUAUUAUUAUUAUUAUUAUUAUUAUUAUUAUGUGUUCUGUUAUUGUUAUUACACAAACUGCAAGUGUAGAAGUGCCAAACAUUUUAAGAAGUUUCUAAAAAUCUGUUAAGUCUUUUGGGAGGGGCUUUGUGAGUCUUGGACAAUCUCUUGAUCUCUUAAUACAUCUUCAUCAUCCAGUCUUUCUUUAAUUCACCCUGACAGAAUAAACAAAUGACACUCAGGAACUUGGAGGCAGCAGGCUCGGCAGGAGGUUACACUAUGGGACAUUUAUGUCUGUUAGCUUGUGAUGCUAGCUGUCCUCCAGGGAGCCCAAUGCAGUGAUCAUCAAUGAACUUGGCCAGCCCCCUUUCAUUUCCUUAUCCCAGUCCCACACAGAGCACCAAGGCCUCCUUAACUCUUUUCCAGCUCUGCAAACCUAGUCUGACUCACCAAGUUCUUAAUCAGAGUGAUUGUAAUCAGGCCAGAAUGCUAAAGGGCCAAAGGCCUCCAAUCUGUGGGAUUGGAACAGCAGCGAAAGGCAGCUUUGGGGGCAUUACAAUCUCAAAUUGAUGUUGUACAAUGUGCAGCUACAGUACUUUCUGUUAAACGCUUUAGCCCUACUUGGAUGGCAAGUUUAAAGUCUUAGGUCUUAGAACUUUUUUUUUUUUCAAUCCUAAUUCUUUUUAGACAUUGUAAAUCUUAAAUUGACACUAAGAAGUCUUAAAGCAGAGCACGGACAUUGGGUUGAUGCAAUGACUUGAUUACUGCUGCAGUCUUAAAGAGGAGUGACAGUUUAUGAGGAUAUUUAUGGAGAAAGGCUUAAAUCUUAUGUUUGUUUCUUAAAUUACCUUGUCAAAUACACAGCCGGGGUAACUUUUAAAACACUGAUUUUUUUUUUUUUUUUUUUGCAUUAGUGCACUUACACAAAUCUUACUCAGUCACCCUUGAGCCUUAUGUUGUUAUUUCUAAUAAUCUUAUCAGCUUUCGGGAUGCACUUAGCUCUUGCAUUUAAAACAGGAAAACAUGCAAUGACUCAGAAAAACAAGGGGCACAAAGUCUUUAUCCUAAUUUCAGCUCCAAAGCUGACAAGCGGUGACCUUCUGGAGGCUGCAGCUAGAUAAAGCAGGGGCCUUGAUGUUGAGACUCAGAUCCUCUUUACAGGGCAGAAGGUCUAAGUGGCUCCCCUCCCUGCCAUGCCCUGCUCUGACCCCUGCCCGUGGCAACCUCAGCACCCAGGGGGCACCAUCUGGCCCAGAGAAGGAGAAAAACACCAGGGAGGGGAUAGGGAAACAAUAAAAACGGGGUGUGUGUCCCUCAUUGUGCUCUCCAUCAAAGUGCUGGUGGUAAGGCCUCAACAGGGCUCUCACCCUGGCCCCCAAUCACCAGGCAGUGGUGAGCAGAUGGAACAAGUACAUCAAGCUGUGGGGGAUUAUUAAAAUGACUGACGACUGGGUAUCAUCUGAAAUACAGCAUUAUUAAUGCAUGAGUCCAGCUAUUCCCCUCUCUUGCCCUUGAACCUGUCCACUACAGAAAGAGCACAGAUAUUUUUGAAGGAUCUGGUUACUGGUUUUAACUGGACAACAUCCCCACUGCUGGUCACUGCAUUUUUCUCCUCCUAUAGCUACAGAUGUCUUUUUUCCACUCAUCAUUUUUUACUCUUUUUGUCUUGUUGAAUUGUUUCUACUUUUUGGAGUUAUUUUUACUACGUCUUGAAAGUUUAUAAAUCACCCCAUUGAUUAUUCUUUUUCUUUUCUACAUCAUAUCCCUCUCGAUUAAUAUUGAGAUAUAUUAUGAGGUAUUAAACAUUUAGAUAAUGCUCUACAACAAACAAAACCCAAGCAGACAUCCCUCCAAGUAGACCUGUUUGGUAUUUUUAAGCCGUUUGCUCCUGUUUGCUGGUGGUCAGGAUUGAUUUGUAUGUGAUUGUAAAUACUUUCAUGACCACGCCACACUCGCCGUAGUUGGCUGGUACUUUAAAAUGGACUCUUUACAGAACUGAAACUUGACUGUGCUUAUAUAGCGAAAAAAAGAAAAAACAGGAAAAAAAAAUGACAAGAGCUCACGAGGAGACAUUGUUUCAUAAGUGUUAUAAGCACUGGAUAUAAAUUGUAUUUUUUAUCAAUUCUGACUAAUGUGAAGCUGUUUGCAAAAAAAAAAAAAAACACCAUUAAUGAACAAACCCCCCACCCCGGUUGGACUCAUGUGGGUUUGCUCUCAAAGUUGCCAGAUUUGAGUCUUUUUUUGUCUACUUAUUUUGUUUAUUUAUGCAGAGACACAUGUGAUGAAUGAACACUUUGUUGAAGCUUCAGGGCUGCCUAGGGGAGAGACUCAGCACAAGAAAGUGAGCAGAAAAUUCAACAGCAGGCUCGGUUAGCCGUCAAACACCAAACUUCAGACUUUAGUAUUUGAAACUGAAGAGAACCAACCUAUUGUAUUUAUUAUCAGCCUCUGCUGACUCUAAAACAUGUAAGUAAAAAAUAAAAACAACUUUGACAAUCAGUGGAAUCAAAAAAGGUUAAUUGGAGCUAAAACGGUUUUCAGUGAAUUCAUCAUCUCAUUUAGAUUUUAUUGUAAAUAACAUAGGAAAUAUAUUUUUGUUCACUAGUGAAGUAUAAGUUAUGUAUGUGGCUGUUCUGUUUCAUUUUGUUUUAUUUUUGUACGUGGUUUCAUGUUUUUCAAAAGCUGACAAGUCACUGUACCUCAAGUAGAUGCUGAUUUUUUUCUUUUUCCUGGAGGAGAGUGGUACUGGACCUGAGACGGAGAGCGCCUCAUCACUCGCUUCAGUUUUGAUAAUCUUCCCCUUGGCUGUUCAAAAAAGAAAGCAAUCAAAUUAAAUCCAUCAUUAUUAGAUGUAUAAACAGAAAUAAAAUAAGGUACUCAAACAAAAAGCACUUGAUGUAAAAUAAUGAUUCGAUAAUUUGUUUUCAAUACAAUCUUAAAUGGAAUGCUGUUCAUCCUCACUUCUGUUUUGUCUUUAUUACAGCACUCAAAGCUGAUGAGCUGAUUUCAUCCUUUAAAAAUGAUUGCAUGCAUUUGCAUUAUCAUAAUAAUUAAAGGUGUUUUACAUGAAUGAUUGUUUCAAACACAAGUGAUGUUUUAAGAUUUUUUUAUGUGUUUUUGAAAGGUGGGAGCGUGCAAAUAUUUAUUUUAUUUUGUGGCAAAACGCACACACAAUGUGCAUCUUUUUAAAUAAUUCGAAGUCAUCUUUUUGUAUGUUGCUGUUUUUUAUGUACAUGUUCAUGACUAUCAAGCCAUCUGCAAAUGUAGCCCUCACUAUUGUUUUCAUCUUAAUCCACGUUUGGACAUGCAAAUGGUUUGACAAACUGAAGACAAAAGCUGAUGCUGUUUCGACAUUACUUACUGUAAUUUCAGUUUGAUUUUUCUGUCUGGACUUUGUGAUGUAUAUGGUGGGAAUGUUCUCUGUGUUAAUUUAAUCAGCACAAUUCACUGACAUGCUGGACUGACAUGCUAGCUGCUGUUCAGAAGUGUAAAAUUUGUCAUUUGGGGCAACUUUUUGUUGUCUUUGGUACUUUUUUUUUUUUUUUUUUUUUGCUUUUUUAGACUCGUCUCUCAAGCAACACUGUGUGUGGCUCUUCUGUCACUGGAGCCAUCGUUUUGAAAUCGCUGGCAGCCUGAUACAGUUUUCUGCAUAGACUUUUUUUUGUUUUCCUGGCAGGUACCUAGGCCCACAGCAAGUAUUGUUUGGGUGUUACUAGAGAAAAUGAAAUACAUAGUGUCUGUUGCUGCUUUAAAAAAGUUUAUGUCUGAAUAUGUAAAUAGUUUAUCAUAAUAUCUUGUACAGUCCAAUGUAAAGUUUUUAAUUCAACUUAAAAAAACUGUUGCCAUCACAUUUGUGUUCACAUUCUUCUUUAUACAGUACAGAAGAUCAAUUAUUUGCUAGGGGUAUUAUUGCUAAAAAGAGAAAAUGGAAAUGUUACUAAUUUUUUUAUGUUUUUUGUUUUGUUUGGUUUUUUUUUGUUUGUUUGCUUGGCUUCAAAGUGUACACCAGCAAGUCUUUGGUUUCCAUGUGCAGUAUUGACGUGAGGUAAACUUAAGGUGAAUCAUUUUACAGUGGUGUGUGUGAGAGCGAUCUCUUCAGCUUUGGUAGUUUUAAUACACUAUAUCAAAUAAAAACAAACCAAUGAGUGACACACUCAGGUGCAGCUAAGCACUACAGAAGUGUGUAUACUGUAUAUGAAUAAAAUAUCCCCACAGGAUCGAUUCAGGCAAAUUACAAUGUAACACCAUUUUCUGUAUGUCUCAGUCCAUUGUAACAAUGCAACAGUGGGAUGAAUAACUGCCUGUUUAAGCUCAUUUACCUCAAAAAUGUCCUCCUUUUCUGUAAACCACAGAAAUUGUGUUACAGAAAACUUCCCCCAUCACUCCAUCUUUUGUACUGCUGUUGACACAAAUUAAAGAGACAUUUUGUUUUAA